UGCACCGAAAGUCCAAAGAUGGCGCAUCCGUUCGCAACCACCAUCUGCACUCCAAACGGACUCCACGUGACAGAGCCCGGUGUUCGCGUGUCGUGAGAGAAGACGAGAGGUGUGCGAUUAUAACCUUCUUUGGAGCACGCAGAUCGACCGCAAGAACAUGUCGUGGCUGUUCGGAUAUCGCAAUUCGCAGCCGCCGUCGGACUUUUCGCAAUAUGUGCAACCACCGCCGGCGGCGGGCGGCAGCGGUGGCGGCGGCGACGACGGCGGCGGCGGUCCACCAAAGAAGCUGACCAAGUCACAAAUGGAAGCGUACAUGUUCGACUCGGCCGCGCUGGAACGUGCCGCCAAUGCCGCCAAGGAACUCGAACGAUCCAGACAUGCGAAAGAGGCCUUGGAACUGUCUAAAAUGCAGGAGACCACUAGGCAAGUGGAAUUACAAGCCGAGAUGAAGAAGUAUGAAUCCAACAUUGAGCAACUCAAAUCUGAACAAAAGCGGGUGGAGGGUGAGGAGAGGAGGAAAACCAUACAGGAGGAGACAAAGCAACAUCAAAUGAGGGCACAGUAUCAGGAUCAAUUGGCUAGAAAGCGCUACGAAGAUCAGUUGAUGCAGCAGCAGAAAAUGAACGAUGAGAAUCUAAGGAGGCAAGAGGAAUCAGUGGCUAAGCAGGAAGCCAUGAGAAAAGCUACGAUAGAGCACGAGAUGGAAUUGAGACACAAGAACGAAAUGAGAAAACUGGAGGCUGAGCUGAGGGCCAAGGCAAAGAUCGACAGGGAGAAUCAUGACCUGAAUCUUGAGCAAAUUAGGUUGAAAGCCUCGGAGAAGAGGAUUACCGUUUUAGAAUCCAUAAAAACAGCUGGCUCGGUAUUGGGGUCAGGAGCCAAAGCUCUGCUGAGCGACUGGGACAAGAUCACCGCAGCGGCCGCCGGUUUGUCAUUGCUGGCCUUCGGGGUGUACACCGCCAAGGGUGCGACCGGCGUCGCGACGCGCUACAUCGAGUCCCGCUUGGGUAAACCGUCAUUGGUACGCGAGACCUCGAGAUUCGCGUUGCUGGACGUAGCCCGGCACCCGAUUCAGGCGGCGAAGAAACUGAAGCCCAAGCAGACCGAUGCGCUCUCAGGCGUUAUACUCGCACCCAAGCUGGAGGAGCGGCUGCGCGACAUCGCGAUCGCCACAAAGAACACGAAGCGCAACCGCGGCAUGUACAGGAACAUAUUGAUGCACGGGCCGCCGGGCACCGGCAAGACCAUGUUUGCGAAGAAGUUGGCGGAGCACUCGGGAAUGGACUACGCGAUCGUCACAGGCGGCGACAUGGCACCGCUCGGUAGAGACGGUGUUACUGCCAUUCACAAGAUGUUCGACUGGGCGUUAACGUCCAGAAAGGGUCUGAUGCUGUUCAUCGACGAAGCGGACGCGUUCCUCAGGAAGCGGUCGAGCGAGCGCAUCUCGGAGGACCUCAGAGCAACGUUGAACGCCUUCCUCUACCGGACCGGCGAGCAGAGCAACAAGUUCAUGCUGGUGCUCGCGUCGAACACGCCCGAGCAGUUCGAUUGGGCGGUGAACGACAGGCUGGACGAGAUGGUGGAGUUUAUCCUUCCAGGUCGCGAAGAGCGCGAGCGCCUGAUCCGGCUCUACUUCGACAAGUUUGUUCUUCAGCCGGCGAUCGAGGGUAACAAGAGACUGAAAGUAGCUCAGUUUGACUAUAGCGCGCUGUGCAUCAAGAUGGCCGACCUGACGGAGGGCAUGUCCGGCAGAGAGUUGGCGAAGCUGGGUGUUACCUGGCAGGCGGCAGCUUACGCCUCGGAGGACGGUGUGCUGAUGGAAAACAUGGUCAUGGACAGGUGUAUCGAGGCCAUCAAGCAGCACAAACAAAAGGUACACUGGCGAAGUGAGCAAGAGAAGCAGGAGUCAAAGUCGAUCUACGCCACGGAGGAGGACGGAGUCAGCCAGCCGACUACCUCGAAGACCCCGGCGAUAGAGCCGUGCCCGGUGGUAGCUCCAGUCUAAGCGACCGAAGCGAGGGUUGCGAUGACCGCCGGUCUCCUGUCUUGAAAUCGGGCCAGCAGCCCGAAGUUAGUCUAGUGAAAGGGAGUUCGGGGAGGAGGUACAAGUACAAACGCCGCUUGGGAAAGAAUUCCUCUGGCGAUUUUUGUAUUUCUCGCAACGUACGAGUAAAGAGUCAAAUAGUUCGAUUACUUCA